AUGAAGAAGAAGAAGAAGAAAAACAUAUUAAACAAGAACAAUCAAGACAUUGAAAAUAAACAAAGAGAAAUUACAUUAACAGAUGUAAAUAAUAAUCAUCAUAUUAAAAUAGAGAAAAAAAGAGGAGAAGGAGAAAAUGAAAAGAAAAAAGAACAACACCACAAAAAAUUAAAUAUUGAUUUAAGUAAACCAAAAGAAGUUAAAAAAAAGGAAAUUCUACCAUCUCUUUUAUGUGAAAAAGAAAACAAAAAGAAAAGAAUUAAAAGUACUACGGCAGAUAAAGUUGGAACGUAUCAUAAAAUAAAUAGAAAAGAUUCUCUCAAUGAAAUAACUCCAAAAAUUAAUCAACCAAGCAAAAUAUCUAUUAUUGAAGAUUCAAAACAAAAUAAUUUACAACCAGAUGAUGUUCUUAUUAAAGAAGAAUUAAAAACAAAUAACACUCAAUUCCAAAGAAAAAAAAAUAAUAAAAAGAAUAAUAAGAAGAAUAAAAUUCUUAUCCAAGAAGAUACUAAUGAACAAAACACUAUUUCAAUACUUUUUUUAGAACAUCCAUUUGUUUCUAUAAUAUUACUUACUGUAACAUUGAUUCUUAUAGGACUUAUAAUGAUGUGGUGGAGUUCUGACUAUGACGAUGAAUCAUUCUAA